AUGGCCGAACAAAAAGAACUGUUCUCUGCCGAUCUCCUCUCUCCCGAGGUGCAAUCGGCCCUGCCCGAGGGCUACAAGCUGCGCGCGCUUCGCCCGUCCGACUAUGACACGGGUUUCCUCGACUGCCUUCGCGUCCUGACCACGGUGGGCGACAUCACAAAGGAGCAGUUCCAGGACCGCUACGACUGGAUCUCGCGACAGGACGGUGGCUACUUCAUCCUCGUCAUUGAGGACACCAACAGCAGCCCACCCAGAGUGGUCGGCACCGGCGCGCUGUUGGUUGAGCGCAAGUUCAUCCACAAUCUCGCGUCAGUCGGACAUAUCGAGGACAUCGCCAUCGCCAAGGAUCAGCAGGGCAAGAAGCUUGGUCUCCGUAUGAUCCAGGCGCUGGACUUCAUCGCCCAGAAGACGGGCUGCUACAAGGCCAUUCUCGACUGCAGCGAAGCCAACGAGGGCUUCUACGUCAAGUGCGGCUUCAAGAGAGCGGGUCUGGAAAUGGCACAUUACUAUCAGAGCACAAAGAGCAAAGCUUAGGAUGCCCUUACCUGUUGAAAUUCGAAAUCAUCAUCUUCUUUUGUUCCCGACUACAGUAUGGAAUGCUGACCUCUUUGCGGAUGCGGCUUGGAGUGUGAUUCGUUUGUUGUCGAAGCUUCCUUCAGCUGUACUCGGAUCCGGCACAAACGACGUCGGCUGAUGACGCCACCCGAGACAUG